AUGUCAUACUACAACAGAUCACAACUUUUGAUCAUCUUAGUGAUCUCAAUACUUGGAGUAUCAGUAACUCAGAGCACCAACCCAACUCCAUGCCCAUGUACCAAUGCUACACUUUGCGAGCCACUCAACAUAGGACCACGCAAGGAGUUUCUAGGUUUCUCAGUCAGUGCAGUUAAUUGGGACAACUAUGAUAUGUCUAUUCUGACUACCAUUGUCAAGUUUGGCGACGAUCCCAUUCCAGAGAUGAUGUGCGAGGCUCAUGCUUCAGGAGUCCGUGUCACCAAUGGUGUAGACUAUCCAGCCAAUCAGCUAACCAACGAAACUUACAAAGCUGAUUGGAUCGCUGAGCAGAUCAGCAGUGUGCAAGCUAGCUUCUACGAUGGAAUCAACAUCGACUUUGAAUCACAGAUCCCAAAGACAGAUCCAUUCAUGGCUGCCCUGCUCACAGCAUUGGUCACCGACGUCACACUUGCUUUUAAGAACAUCAAUCAGGGAUACCAGAUCUCGAUGGACGUUCCAGCCGCGCCCUUCUGUUACUCCAAUCGCUGUUUCAACUACAAUGCUCUGGGACAGGCUCUCGAUUUGAUGGUCAUCAUGGAUUAUGAUAUGAAUGGCAAUGGAAUUGCUGGCGCCAACUCGGACCUGCCAGGCGUGAUCUCUGGCGCGGGUGAAUACCUUAGCAUCGAUGUACCAGCUGAGAAGUUGGUGAUGGCAUUCCCAUGGUACGGCUACAACUAUCACUGCAAUGGAGACAUUUCUUUGGAUACCCGUGACUGUCUCUAUGACCCAUCACAACGCUGGAACUCAUCGAUGAUCUUUGACAUGUGCUACAACCAGAUAAUGACACUGUUCGACUCGACGACCAAUGGUGGCGUGCAAUGGGACGAAGUGACCCAGACACCUUUCUUUAACUUUGUUGGCAACGACACAAUUGUCCGACAGAUGUGGUUCGACAACGCCAAGUCCACAUACGCCAAAGUUGCCAGUGCCAAGAGUUUGGGUGUUGGCGGUGUCGGUGUUUGGUACCUGGACUGCGUAGACAUUGCUACUCAGUCUGAUAUGUGGCAAUCUAUACAAUCAUUCUUUAAUUAA